CAGGCUUGGACUUCCUAAAAAAAAAAAAAUCAUUUCACAGUGACCAGCCCUACUUGCUAAUGUGACAUAAAGCAGCUCUGUCCACCCUACCUACAGUGACUUUUGCCAGGAGUGCAGUGGUGGACGUAGGUGGCCUGGUUGAUUGUCAAUGCCGCCCUUUGCAGGAUCCGAGGAACAGUGGCGGCCAUGCCUCCCCCUGCCCCAGCUGCCCCUUCGCCCCCGCGCUAACCUGCAUGGUGUGGGUGCCCUUGGGACCCCAGAGGACUGACUGUCUGACCUUACUUCACACCCUCCACAACAACUCCCCCAAGAUGUCGCUCGAGUGGCUGGUGGCCUGGAGCUGGUCCCUGGAUGGCCUGAGGGACUGCAUCGCCACGGGCAUCCAGUCCGUAAGGGACUGGGACACCACCGCUGUCGUCACUGUGGCCUGCCUGCUGGUCCUGUUCGUGUGGUACUGUUAUCACGUGGGCCGGGAACAGCCCCGGCCCUACGUCUCCGUCAACUCCCUCAUGCAGGGCGCCGACACCAAUGGGCUACAGAACGGGUACGUGUACUGCCAGUCCCCUGAGUGCAUCCGCUGCACCCACAACGAGGGGCUCAACCAGAAACUCUACCAUAACCUGCAGGAGUACGCCAAGCGCUACUCCUGGUCCGGCAUGGGCCGCAUCCAUAAGGGCAUCCGUGAGCAGGGCCGCUACCUCAACAGCCGGCCCUCCAUCCAGAAGCCGGAGGUCUUCUUCCUGCCAGACCUCCCCACCACGCCGUAUUUCUCCCGGGACGCCCAGAAGCAUGACGUGGAGCUGCUGGAGCGGAACUUCCAGACCAUCCUGUGUGAGUUUGAGACCCUCUACAAAGCUUUCUCAAACUGCAGCCUCCCGCAGGGCUGGAAAAUGAACAGUACCCCCAGUGGGGAGUGGGUCACCUUUUACUUGGUCAAUCAGGGGGUUUGCGUUCCCAGGAACUGCAGGAAGUGCCCACGGACGUACCGCUUACUCGGAAGCCUUCGGACCUGUAUUGGGAACAAUGUUUUUGGGAACGCAUGCAUCUCCGUGCUCAGCCCUGGGACUGUGAUAACGGAGCACUAUGGACCCACCAACAUCCGCAUCCGAUGCCAUUUAGGUCUGAAAACGCCAAGUGGCUGCGAGCUGGUGGUGGGGGGCGAGCCCCAGUGUUGGGCCGAAGGCCGCUGCCUGCUGUUCGACGACUCUUUCCUACACACUGCGUUCCACGAAGGUUCCGCAGAGGACGGCCCACGGGUGGUUUUCAUGGUGGAUUUGUGGCAUCCAAACGUCGCAGCGGCUGAACGGCAGGCCCUGGAUUUCAUCUUUGCUCCAGGCCGAUGAGAACAUCUCCCAUGCUGGGGUCAGCGAGAAUGGCCGCGGGUCAGCCUGGGCAGGCUGUGGUACCGUCAGCACCCACCCGCAUCCACGAUUCCAUGCUCAGAAACCUGCCUCAACAGAAAGCUCUUCUUUGGAAUUUUUAUACCAUGUCGGGUCCCUCUUCCUUUUGGUUAUUGUGAGUGGGAAAUUUUCAGCUCGUAGUCCCUUAGAUUUUUUUUUUUUCCCUCCCAGUCAUUUGCUUCUGCGAUUCCUUUCUGCCUGAUAUGGCGCCUUACUUUGCUCUGUGUGACCAGAGGCUCGGUCCCCCUGUUGUCUGUGUCACGUGGCUACUUGGUUUGUUCAGUCCUCUCUGAAAUAGAGUAAUCAAACGGUUAUUUGUUUGAAUGUAACACCGUAAAACUUCUUGUGGUCACCUUCCAAGAAAACAACAAAAACAAAACACCGCGAACCUGAGCGCUGGAGAACUUGGCCUCUGCUGCUGUCACAGUUGCACAGGGGACUCCUCUGCCUGCGCCUCCCCGCCCCUCCCCCAAGGGCAGGGGAAGAGUCUGCAGCCCUGGCAUCCAGCUGCUUCAUUGGCAGGGUGGACACGGUCAGGGGCAGCGCACAGUGUCAUGGCUUGGGUAAAUGUCACCAUCUGCUCUCCCCACCCCAAGCCCUGUCAGGUCCCUGAUGGUAGAGAGCAUUCGGCUGGUGGGAUUUGAGGCUUUCCUUCAAAGCUGAGGCUGGUGUCCUCAGGAGCCCAGGUGGGGCUCCCACGGGUCAGCCACAGAGUGUGUGACUCACUUACCUCACUGCCUACAGAAGCCCUACUGCCAAACCAGGCCUGGCCAGUUCCCUGUUUUAGCUGUUGUGAUGAUGAACUUCGAGACCACCGGGUUGGCUAAUUUGAGCUGUGGCGGGAUAAGAUCUCACUCAUCCAGUGGCAUCCUGGAAAGCCUUUCUCUGGCAAAACUGAAAUCAUAGAUCCAACCAAAGUGUCUGUUUUGUUUUGGAGUUCUGUUGUGUAUGAUUUUCCAUUUCUUUGUAUGUACAUAAAUGUCCAAAUGCUGGACUCGGAGACAGUGGGAGAGUCAGCCCUAUGUCUUUGGCAUUGCACAAGGUGUGUGCUAAGUGACAGCAGCCUAAGCCAAUGUGUGAGUGAGGACACUGGGAAGACAUACGGACCCAAAGGGCCACCAGAGUCACGGUGCUGGCUUUUUGGUCUCCUGUGAAGGACGUGGCCAGUUUGAGGCACUAAGUCUAGAAACAGCCUCCUGUGAGGCUGUGUGUGUGAAAGGGCAGCCUUCAGCCAUACUAGAGAUGCCAUUUUUGAAUAAUGUAUUAUGGCAGUGUCCGACUGAUAAGCCGCGGAGCGGUUUGGAAUACACAGCUUGUCACAUAUGCAGGGACAGCGUUUCUAUCCGAAUGGAAGCGAGCAGCUUCUGGUUUCUAGAACAACCUCCAGAAAUAAACAUCUGAAAUGCACUAGGCAGUUCCUAGCAAGUAUGCAAAGAAAACGGGUCUACAGUUGAGUAAAAUUUCUACAAGCUAUUUUUCAGUGAUUAGACUGCAAAAAAGGGCAGACAUUUCAAAACACCUGAAGUCUUUUUACUCAUUAAGUAUUUGUUAAGGAAUCACCGAGGUGCAUGAUUUCUGUACAUACCAACUGCUCUACGUUUACAAAGCCAACAGCCCACACAGGUACCUGGCUACCUGGACUCAUGGGAUGUGGUUGGGGACCAGGAGGUAAAUAAAGGAUCUUGCUGUAAACCAGAGUGAAGUGGUAAAGUUGUCUGUUGGGAAGAAGAUGUGACUUGGGCAGAUGUGUGAGUUUGAGGCUCUUGGUGUUUAGAUCGUGUUACAGCGACAGGUGGGAUCCUGAAAGUGACCAGUAUAGUGAGUGAAGCACCGUGGAGUUCUAAAAGAACGGGCGUGGGGCGGGGAAAACAAGCAGAUCUGUGCGGUGUUAAGGAACGGCGGCUGUCACCCUGGGCGAAGACCAAGGGCUUUGGCUUAAGGAAAGCUGAGGGUUUGGGACGCAGAGCCAGGAACUCGUUCCCAGGUGACCUCGGGCCGAUUCCAGGGCCUCCGGGAGCCCCAGCUGACUCC